CUCUCAGCCCGUCCUGUAGAUGGGACCAGCAGGCUGAUAUCCACGCGUGCCUGACCGCUAGUCCACUUCCUGGGUGGAGGAAUGGGACGUUUCCAGCGCAGCUUUCCCUCGCGGUGUGCAGUGCCCUUCGUCACGCCGACAACGCGGAUAAUCCCCCAAUAAUGACCGCGUGUAAUCGAUAUUAUUCGACCACUUUUUUUUCUUCCUUUCUUUCUUCUCUUUGGCGCUAGUUAAAACACAGCGAUUGAUCGCCGAUUGACCCUCCGUCACUACGGGAAUGUCGCUAUCUGGAAGCCCGCUGAAGGCACCGUGGAGUCCAGCACAUUUUCAACAGUUUUUCGCACGGCGGCAGCGUUUCGUUCCUCGGAGCUAGAAGCAGCCUCUGCUCGGACUGGAGGCCGAUCGAUUCGUCGUUUAAAAAAAAAAAAAAAAAAAGAAGAAACCCAUCAUCAACAACAACAAGAACAACAACAAACAGUGACUGUGUCGAAUCGCUAAGCAUUACUUCGAUGUUCUCCCUUCGUGGCCGCGGUGCCAACUUCGUUUCUGGCUCCUCCGAGUGUAUGUGAUUUUUUUUUUUUUUUUUUUUGGAAAAGAAGAGCAAAAAAAGACUCGUAACUUUGUCCCCCGCUGCCCUCUCGUCGCUCCCCAUGAGUGGUCUGACAUGCGGAGAAUACGGGAACCGAGUUACUGGUGGAUUUUAUCCCUAAUGUUUUUAACCUUGCCCAAACACAAAGCCUGUCAUCCCGUUGCAUCAGGUGGCCAACCCCACCAUGCGGAAGAGAGGCACCAUGGGACCUCGGGCGUAAUGAGGGAGAGGAGGGCAGCCGGUGACCCCUAUUGGUCCUAUUCAGGAAGCCAUGGGCCUCAGAGCUGGGCCGCCUCGUACCCAGAGUGUGCCGCCAGGAACCAAUCACCUGUGGACAUUUCAGACGAACAAGCUCCGGUGUCGGAGGAGUACCAGCAGCUCGUGCUCGACAAGUUCAACGCCGAGUCCUCCAACCAGACCACCAUGAAAAACACCGGGAAGACAGUUGCUGUCCUCCUGAAGGAUGACUACUUUGUAAGAGGUGCUGGUCUGCCGGGGCGUUUUAAGGCUGAGAAGAUGGAGUUCCACUGGGGCCACAGUAAUGGGUCAGCAGGAUCGGAACACAGCAUUAAUGGAAGAAGGUUUCCCGUAGAGAUGCAGAUCUACCUCUACAACGCAGACGACUUUGACAGCCUCAGUGCUGCCAUCAAGGAACGACGCAUCAUUGCUGCCAUCGCAGUCUUCUUUGAGCUGGGUCAAAAAGACAAUCCAGCUGUAGAGCCCAUCAUCCAGGGCUUGAAAGGCGUUGUGCAUCAUGAAAAGGAGACCAACCUGCGGCCAUUCGUCCUGAGGGAUCUGCUGCCAUCGUCCCUGGACAGUUAUUACCGAUACACCGGCUCUCUGACCACGCCGCCCUGCAUCAAGGUGGUGGAGUGGAUCGUCUUCUCCAGGCCAGUGUAUCUGUCCCACUCACAGCUGGAGGCCUUUUACUCCAUCUUUACUACAGAGCAACAGGACCACGUCAAGUCUGUCGAGUACCUGAGGAACAACUUCCGGCCGCUGCAGGACCUGGACAGCAGGAAGGUCUUCAAGUCGGCUGUGAAAGAUGCAUGGCAAAAAGACUUAACCGAAGUCCUGGGAAGCCCUCACAGCACUGAGGCGUCAAGAGUGUGCAGCAGUGCCCCAGUGAGCAUGAAGAUCAAGCCGCUGAACCAGACGGCGUUGAUGGUGAGCUGGGAGCGCCCUCUGGCUGUUUACCACCCACCAAUCACCAGCUACAUGGUCUCCUACAGCUGGGUGAGGCGUGAUGUUGCCGACGAAAAGACCUUCACCAAGACCGGGGACCAAAGCAUGAAAGCCGUGAUCACUAACGUGUCCCCUGACGUGCUGUAUCUGUUCAGAGUGCAGGCAGUGUGCCGGCAUGACCUGCGCAGUGAUUUCAGUCAAACUCUGCUCUUCAGAGCUAAUACAACCAGAAUAUUUGAAGGGUCUCGUAUUGUGAAGACUGGGAUGCCCACAAUGUCUCCGGCGUCCUCGGCAGACAUGGCUCCCAUCAGCUCCGGCUCCUCCACUUGGACGUCCUCUGGCAUCCACUUCUCCAUUGUCUCCAUGGCAACGGGAAUGGGCCCCUCCUCCAGUGGCAGCCAGGCCACGGUGGCGUCGGUGGUGACGAGCACUCUGCUGGCGGGCUUGGGCGUGGGCGGAGGGGUCAUCUCUUCUCUGCCCAGCUCCGUUUGGCCAACGAAAGCGCCCCGAGCCACUCAGAAUCCCACCCGUCCGUCCGUCACGCCCGCAAAGUCCAGCACCGAGCAGACGGCGCCGCAGGGCUCCGACGCAGACGCGCCGUCUGAGAGCAAGCCGGCCGCGGAUGAGGACGAGGAGGCGGAGAAGGAGGGGGAGAGGGAGGGAGAGCAGGAGGAGGGAGAGGAUGAGAAGAAGAAAAAGAACAAGACUUCACCUGGUACUGAGGAAAAGCGGCCCAACGGCCCUGUGGUCAAAGAGCCUUUGAUCCCCACGCCCGCGUCCACCGCCAAAGAGAAAGGAAGAGGGAGGCCCACCGCCAAGAGCGCCGCGGCGCCCCCGAGCACGGGUGGCGGUCAGCUGGUGGAUGCCGAGGAGGAGCCCACGGAGGCGACCGCGCUCGCCACCGCGGAGCCUCGGAACAACACGGCCGAGAUGCAGAUCCCACAGAGCUCCACGGUGCCCCCGAAGAUCAGCAGCGACGGAAAGAGUGUCUGGCCUUUCUCCGUCCACACCGACGCGACCAUCUUGUCCAACGUGACCCGAUCCCCUCCGACGGGGAUGAGUCGGAUGGUGUGGAUCGUCCCCUUGGUUGUGGUGUCGGCUCUCACUCUGCUCUGCCUCAUAAUGCUGCUGGUAGUGAUGGUCUACUGGAGAAUGACAAGCAUCUGCUCCCUCCUCUGCAUCAAAUACAGGAGAUUUUUCCAGACGGCUCACUUCUAUGUGGAGGAAAGCAGCUCUCCACGGGUGGUGCCCAAUGAGAAUAUACCAAUCAUCCCGAUACCAGACGACAUGGACGCCAUCCCUGUCAAGCAGUUCAUUAAACACAUCAUGGAGCUCUAUAAGAACAACCUGCAAGGUUUUUCUGAGGACUUUGAGGAGGUCCAACGCUCCACAGCAGACCUGAAAAUCACUGCCGAGCACUCCAAUCACCCCGACAACAAGCACAAAAACAGAUACAUCAACAUCGUGGCCUAUGACCACAGCCGGGUGAAACUACGAGCUCUUGCGGGAAAAGAUGCCAAACAUUCGGAUUACAUCAACGCCAACUACGUGGAUGGCUACAACCGCCCCAGAGCGUAUAUCGCCGCUCAGGGCCCUCUCAAGUCUACAUUCGAGGACUUUUGGAGGAUGGUGUGGGAGCAGAACACUAGCAUCAUUGUCAUGAUCACGAACCUGGUGGAGAAAGGGAGAAGGAAAUGUGACCAGUAUUGGCCAACGGAGAACAGCGAGCAGUAUGGAAACAUUGUGGUGACGCCAAAAAGCACCAAAGUGCACGCCUGCUACACACUGCGGCGUUUCCUCAUAAGGAACACUAAGGUUAAAAAGGGUCAGAAGGGGAACCCCAAAGGGAAGUUGAAUGAGCGCAUCGUUGUCCAGUAUCACUACACCCAGUGGCCUGACAUGGGAGUACCAGAGUACACCCUCCCCGUCCUCACCUUCAUCAACCGCUCGUCGGCGGCUCGCGCCGCAGACACGGGCCCGGUGCUGGUGCACUGCAGUGCAGGCGUCGGGCGCACGGGAACCUACAUUGUGAUUGACAGCAUGCUACAGCAGAUCAAGGACAAAAGCACAGUCAGCGUUCUGGAUUUUCUCAAACAUAUCCGCACACAACGCAACUACCUAGUUCAAACUGAGGAACAGUAUGUCUUCAUCCACGACGCUCUAAUGGAGACCAUCAUGAGCAGAGACACAGAGGUGCCCGCCUGGCAGCUGCAUAGUUAUGUCAACAGCAUCCUCACGCCCAACUCCACAGGCCGCACGCUGCUGGAGAAGCAAUUCAGGCUGUUGACUCAGUGCAACGCACGCUUUGUGGAGUGCUUCAGUGCUCACAAAGACUGCAACAAGGAGAAGAACCGCAACUCCUCAGUGGUUCCCUCGGAGCGAGCGAGGGUCGGACUCACCACUCUGCCUGGAAUGAAAGGAACCGAUUACAUUAAUGCGUCCUACGUAAUGGGUUACUUCCGGAGUAAUGAGUUCAUCGUGACUCAGCACCCGUUACCCCACACCACCACAGACUUCUGGAGGAUGAUUUGGGACCAUAACGCUCAAAUUAUUGUCAUGCUGCCCGACAACCAGGGCCUGGCUGAGGAUGAAUUUGUCUAUUGGCCGAGUCGGGAGGAGUCCAUGAACUGCAUUGCCUUCACGGUCACACUCAUCAGUAAGGACAGAUUGUGCCUCUCCAAUGAGGAGCAGAUCAUCAUCCACGACUUCAUCCUGGAGGCCACACAGGACGACUACGUUCUGGAGGUGAGACAUUUUCAGUGUCCUAAAUGGCCCAACCCCGACGCUCCUCUAAGCAGCACCUUUGAGCUCAUCAGUGUCAUCAAAGAGGAGGCCAUGACGCGAGAUGGCCCCACCAUCGUGCACGACGAGUAUGGAGCCGUGUCAGCGGGCAUGCUCUGCGCCCUCACCACGCUGUCCCAGCAGCUGGAGAACGAAGGCGUUGUCGACAUCUAUCAGGUGGCUAAGAUGAUCAAUCUCAUGAGGCCUGGAGUCUUCACUGAUAUCGAGCAGUACCAGUACCUUUACAAAGCCAUGCUCAGCCUGGUGGGCAACCGAGAGUUCUGCCUGAGCCCGGUGCACACGGACUCUAACGGGGGGGUGGUGAUGGCAGACGAGUCGGACCCCGCCGAGAGCAUGGAGUCGCUCGUCUGAGGAACUUCUCACGGCCGCUUCGUUUGUACAAAACAAAACAAAAAAAAACCAGAGGCCUUUUUUGCCGGACUAUUGAUCCAACGAAUAACCUUAUUACUUUUUAUACUGAUAAAAGUUUUUGAUAUUUAUGUUUUUGUCCUUUACUCCUGGUUUUAAAUGUUAUCCUGCUGAGCGUUUGCACCCGUUUUAAGUUGUCGUGAGGAGGAAGCAGCUUUGUCCAGUUUGCACUAUACUAUCAGUGUUACUGCCUAUAUCCAGUGAAUGAGACGCUCGACCCGAGAUCUUUGGACCGCGUCGACACCAACCUGAAGCAUGAAGACCAGGAUGAGUUCCAGCGAUCCGCCUCAUUACUCCAAAACAUCACAUUCCAACGUAGUCACUUUGUCACCUCAAUGAAACCCACCGCUUUGAGGCUCCGCUCCACAUGGUUGAAGCUCUUUAAGGGACUUUUUCCUGCUUAAUAUUCAUGUAUUGUCCAAAUAUUUCACUGCUGUCUUGUACAAUGUACUUUUUUUUUUUUUUUAAACAUCUAAAUAAUGUGAACAUUUUUUUUUUAACCAUUGUUACAUCGUUUUGUUUAUAUAUUUCUUUUUUUUAGUGCUCUUGCUUUUUUUGUCCAAUAGCAGGGCGUAUAUUCAUGUUCUAUGAGGUUGUCAUGACUCUUUCCAGCUUUUUGAAGUUCAACUGUCAAAGCUCAACUGUUAACAUGUGCAGUGGGUCAACGUACUGAAGCUAUACAAUGUCUGCAAAGAGUAUUCACCCAACACAAAGCUCCAUGUUUUAUAUUUCACAAAAGUAAAACCGCAGUGGAUGAAAUUAUGAUUUAUUUUUUGUUGCGAAUCAACAGAAGAAAUGACUCAAACUCCAUUUAUUAAGAGCAAAGUUUCAUCUGCUGUCAUUUAAAUCAACUGAGGUCCCAGACUCCAUCCCGCCGGGACGUUCAUCACGAUGUCCUCUGAGGACGUUCCUAUGUGGCUCCGUGGUUUUAGAUGAAACAUCAUAUUUCACAUGUUACUGCCGUGUCUGGCUUCACACGUCACCAGUAGGACCUCUUCAUGGUCCUCGUGGUCUCACUUGUUGCCCUGAGAAUAUUGCGGUACAUUUUUACAGUUGCAUUAGGGAUCUCCAGUGCCUUGGAAGCGUUCUUGUGUCCUUUCUCUGUUUAGUACUCUUCAGUAAGCUCAGAUUUGCUUGUUUUCCUGCUGCUGCUUUUGCUUGUAAAUUCACUUUAAAACAGUUUGUUCCGGAUAUAAUUGACAUAAAAUUCACUUCAUGACACACAGGUGAUCUCCAUUCACCUUUUAAAGGUAAAGGACUGAAUAGUUGUCCGAUCAGUAGUUUUUAUAAGUCUUACUUAGUUUCAAGCUUUUUCUGCUGAGCAGAAAAUAAUCUUAAUUACUUCUACUGUGAAAAAUAUAGAAUAUUUAAAAAAUCCAUGGUGGGUGAAUACUUUCUAUUGGGCACUGUAGUUUCUUGUUGUUGGUGGUUGUUGAGGGGGGGGGGGGUGAUGAUGAUGAUGAUGAUGAUGCUUUAUUUGUAACCAAAGAUGUGGUUGUAGUUUGCGACAUGUAAGUGGUUUUGUCUUGAGAUCUAUUUAAUCAAACUAGAAUUUAAAAUGGAAAUGGUUAACUCUUUCAGUGCUGAUUCCUGCCGUCAGAGGUGUGAACUGAAGAAGAGUUUCAGCAUGUUUCUGUUCCUGCCUCAAGAACUCUCCUCGUGGUAAAUGGCCACAGGACAGGUUUUUGGAUUCAGACUGUAAAAUAUAUAUAUAUAUAUAUAUAUGAAUAUAUAUAUAUUUUGGGAUGUUAUUCUGUCUCAGCACCAUUUUGUGACUAUUAAUUACAAGCCCGUUUCAACCCCACUGAACACUCAUUUCUCUUAAUUGAUUUAUGUGUAUCCUUAUAUUCUGUGAUAUAAUCUCUGGUAGAAAAAGACAAAAAAAAAAAAAAAAUCCUUUGAACACCCACUUCUCUGACAAAGGGGAGGUUCAGUGAAACCCCUCCAACAUUUGGAGACAAAAGUCCAGAUUGCUGAUCACAGCUCUGCAACAAAAAAGGGUUUUCUUUUGUAUGGAUUCCAACGUCUUUUCUGUUUGAUAUUUCUAUGCUUGUGGAGUCCUGUGGUUGCACAAGAUUGCUUCAAAAGAAUAAUGAUCUUCAACUUUAAUGUAAUCUUUGUGAUCAUAGAGGUUUAUAUUUUCAUACAAAGGUUUGGUUUGUAUAGUGGCCCCAUAAAAGAUUGUACUUUUUGGGAAAUUUACUAUCCAAAUCCUCACAGCAGAAUUCCCACAGUUCAACCUGCCCCUCUGAGGUCCAUACUGAUAUUUAAUUCUGAUAUUUCCUGAUAUUUACUCAUCGCUCCAGGGAACCAGUUUGUUAGCCUCACUGCAUUUCUGCCCGGUUGGUAGUGAAGUCUAUUUUGUAACUUAAAUAAAAGAUUUAAUGGUUUUGUCCAUGGUAUCCAGUGUUUAUAUGAGACUAUCAUAGCCGUAUAUUUCUAUGAUGUUGUCAUAUACCAUAUUAUAGUGUAAUAGUGUUAUUUAAUAGUUCAACUGUAUUGCUAUUCCUUAAAUAAAGUUUGAGUUUGGGUGCACAACAUUACGUGUAUUACGUGGAACUAUUGGACGACAUUUUGCUGAUACCGAUGAAAAAUAAACAAUGUUUUGCUCCGUCAGUCUGUCACCAAACCACCGUGUUGGAGGAGGUGUUGAAUCCGUGAAAAUAGUUGCAUACAAAA